AUGUCCCUCCCUCCUCCUCCGCCCACCCGCUCAAAGUUCGAUGUGAUUUCUGUCGACUCUCUCGAAGCUGCGCUGAAGAAACUCGAUGCAAACAUUGCCCUUCAAGACAUCCUCGACGCUAUUCACGAGGAGGACGAGCGCCGGGCCGUUCAAGUAGAAGAACGCCAUGCAGCGGUCACUGAACUCACCUGGCAACCUGCUGCUGGACUUGAAAUGACUACAGUCUCCGAGUUUAUCGCCAACCCUCCGGAGCCCAUCGAUGUCGAUCCGCUCCGUGAACAGCGUCGCCGACGCCUUUUGGAGCUCACCAAGGAAGCAUUCCCGGAUGGGAUCAUUCCUAACCCUUUUGUGGUGGGCCCGCCGAAGACAUGGCUCGGCCUAUCAAAGGACGCUGCGGCCAAUAAACUGCCUUUCAUCCUCGCCACGCAAAUCGUUAUAACAAAUGCCGAAGAGACGUCCCGUAAUCCACCUCAGUCGGUCUUCACGAACGUCUGGUGUCUCUGGGACACUGGUGCGCAGACGUCCUUCGUCGUAACUAGCCAGCUGAAUAGGGCUGUGACGAAGGGCAAGACUGAAGGCAGCUGUUUCAUGGAAAUAUCCUUUGCGAACGUGAAGAAACCUAAGCCCAUUGAUUCCGUCAUCCACUUCCGUCCGCAGCUCCCGAAUGGCGCAACUUUCAUUAUCUUAGGCCAGCACGCUCUUCUCAAUUGUAUUCAAUAUUCCAUUCAGCCUGCAGCACUGGACCCGUCGAUCCGUAAAGGGUUUCCCAAUGCUUAUGGUCUUAUCACUCUGGAGAAGUGGGCUGAUCCCGCAGCAAGUAAUAGGGUAGUUCCCUUCGAAGGUUACUAG